AUGGUCUACACCAUCGUUGUCCACAUGCGCGCCAAGCCCGACGAGGAGAGCAUCAACAAGCUGCACGCCAAGCUCCUCGAGGCCUCGGCCGUCUACUCCAAGGACAAGGAGACCCUCUCCUGGUUCGUGAUGCAGAGCGUCCACGACAAGCAGGACUUCUGCAUCGUCGAGCGCUACCUCAACGAGGGCUCCCAGAAGUACCACCUCGAGAACCCCUACUGGAAGACCUUCGACCCCUACGUCAUCCCCUUGCUCGAGAAGGAGAUGGAUCUCCGCCGGUUCGAGGAGCUGGUGCCCGGCGAGGAGCAGAAGCAGUAG